AUGGAUCAUAAGAAUAAGAGCAGUAUUCAGGGAUUCAUUUUACUUGGAUUUUCAACCAGCAUGGAACUACAAGCACUUUUAUUUGUGAUUUUCCUUUUGGCCUACAACCUGACUCUCCUUGAGAACAUUGUCAUCAUUGUCAUGAUCAAAACCAGUCCUCAGCUUAACAAACCCAUGUAUUUCUUUCUCAGCAACCUCUCCUUCCUAGAGACAUGGUACGUCUGUGUUAUUGUCCCAAAGUUAUUAAUCAAUCUCCUUGUGCAAGACAAAUCCAUCUCGUUUGAAGGGUGCAUGACACAACUCUACUUUUUCAGCUCCCUCAUAUGUACUGAGUGUGUCCUCCUUGCAGUAAUGGCAUUUGAUCGAUAUGCAGCUAUCUGUAACCCUCUUCGUUAUCCAACCAUCAUGACUCAGCACCUCUGUAUGAGAUUAGCAGUGGGUUCAUGGCUAACUGGUUUCUUGGCCUCAAUGCUGAAAGUCAUCUUCAUAUCACAGCUUCCCUUUUGUGGCCCUAAUAUCAUCAACCAUUUCUUCUGUGACAUUUCACCAUUGUUAAAUAUGGCAUGUGAAGAUAUGACAGUUGCUGAAAUAGUGGACUUUGUCUUGGCCUUGAUCAUUUUGUUAGUUCCACUCUCAGUUACCAUUAUUUCCUAUGUCUGCAUUAUACAUACUAUAUUGAAUAUUCCCACUAUCCAGGGCCAGAAGAAAGCCUUCUCCACUUGUGCUGCUCACCUCACUGUGGUUGUCAUCUUCUUCUCAGCAACUCUCUUCAUGUAUGCUCGACCAAAGAGAAUCCACCCUUUCGACCUUAAUAAAUUAGUUUCUGUUAUAUACACCAUUGUCACCCCAAUGCUGAAUCCAUUCAUUUAUUGUUUGAGAAAUGAAGAGGUUAAGGGAGCACUAAAGAAAGUUUUUGGUAGAAUGAGCACCCAAAUACUGAGUGUCAAUCCCUGA